AUGUCCUCAACGGACUUGGAUCGUACGAAAAUGCAUCUAAGAGCUCAUUACCCUCUUCAUCAACACACGGUAUCUGCCAACAAUGUUCCAACGUACGCCAACGGAAGCGUACAUUCGUACUAUGUACCAGGCGAGGACUCUAUGUCUCAGGGACACAACAUGGCUUCCCCGCGCUACUCUCCAAAUGUACAGCCCUGGAGAAGACAACAGCCGCAGAACUCGCUGUCUUUCCUUCCUUCAAAUUCACCUCGUCUAGACCAAUCCGAGUAUACCACGUCUCAAGCCAGGCGCCCAGCAGAACAAGCCCCUGCAUGCAUUUCACCUUUCCGAUCGGUGCGUAGGAUGAAGCAGCCAUUUCAACUGCGUCUACCAACAUCCCCGUCUUUUGAUAAUGGUCCAUUAUCUGCCAGGGAGAACAGAGUAUCACGGCAGCUGUCCGGAAACCACACACUGCGCACAUGGCGUUCUGAUCAGAAUCUCACAACGACGAGCAUGGAAACCUUCGGUCUACUCCCUAGUCCUCCUCUCUCUGAGUCGAAGUCGUCACAGCCGUCUCCGUCAUCCACAUAUUUCUCACCAAAGUCCCAAUAUGAUUCGGAUACUGAUCACGGGACACCAAAAAGUUGUGCCAUCAAUCCUGAACCCAAGCCCUCUUACGCGUACAGCGCUCCCAAACUGAAAAGGAAUCCAGUGAGCAAAAAGUCGAGUGAUGGGCCUACCAAUGUGCGCAUGGCACAUUCCAACCUAAUUAGACAAUGUGAAUCGGAUGACGGGAAACUAACGCCCGUGUCAAUUGCAACGGAGAGCAUGUCGUCUAUGUCUCCUACACCACCUUCGGAUGUGGAUACACUUCAGAAUAGGAAGUUCUCAGGCUCCUCGAUGGGGUCGCUGAGAAGCAGGUCUAUGUCAGUCUCUAGCGAAGGAAGCUGGGUGCCGAGCAGUCUCUCCCAAUACAAACCCUGGCUUCAACCAGCUCCAGCAGAAACAACAGAGGCCAAGGGUGAGAGGUCGAAGGAAUUCAAUUGGAGAAAAUGUCAAAUAGUCCCUCCUUCUGACAAGCCUUUGGUUCUUGCUGUUGCUAGUAAAACGAAGCCGAAACUGGUUGACAUCUCGCGUCAGUCAUCUCCAGCGAUCAGUUAUUCAAUUCCAACUCCACCACCGCGCCCAAUCCCUUCUACACCAGAUCAUCGCCAGCAUGAGAUAUCGGCUUUCAGUCCGGAGACGCCAAUGGAAAUGUCAGAUAGUGGCUAUAUCACACAUGAUUCGUAUUAUUCUCCGCAGUUUCGAAAAGAUAGAGAGGAGGAUGAAUACACAGACUCUAGCUCACUGACUUCAGGCAGUGCGAGUGAGACAGUUGUUUGUGACAAGCCGUCCUCGAGCCAAGAGCGUCUGAAAUCACCUCAAAAGCCAGGCGUUACGCCCAAAACCCAGCCGUCACCGAAAUCUCAAACGUCUCCGGGGCAUUCUUCGAAUAUGUCGGAGAAAGAGGAACUGGAGAAGUGGUGGGACCAUGAGUGGACGAUCGACCAGCUCGAACAUUCGGUCAAAGACUUCCCUCGGCACAUGCUGAAAUUGACAUCGCCAGUAAUCAUGUUUCUUCGUCACAAUAACGAAAAAGCCCUCAUACGGCCAUUCCGCAAGAUAUUCCCGGAUGUCGUGGAGAAUUUACUCGACAGUCUUUGUGCAGCAUUGAUUGCACGAAACUACUUGACUUCCUUGUCAAGUCCUAAUCGGAGAAACAGCAAUUUCUCCCAUAAAACCGCCCUAUCCCGUCUAGAUACUGUUCCUGAAAAGGUCUGCUCUACGCUAGGGAUACAAUACUCGCAACCGUCACCGUCACGGGUCAAGAAUCGUAUCCUGGGUACACGAAGCGCGGAUCUUUGCAAAGACUUGGAUCGAAUCGUUGACAAUCUACUUUUUGCUAUAUGUGGCAAGCAGGAUGAGAUCUUGAAAUCUGCUGUCCUCGUGUUAGCACAUGUCCUAGAGACUAAGUCCUAA